AGGUGGACAUCCGGAGUACGUGAAUACACACACACCUAGUACCUAGCUAGUGCGGCGUACCUCAUGGCAAACCAAGUGGUUAGCGAUGAAGCACGCGGAGGAGGUGGCGGCGGCGCGUCCACCGUGUGGAAGCACUUCCACCGCAACGUCGUCGUCUCCGGCGCCGGCGCUGGAUCAGGCUGCACGGCGACUUGCAGGUGCGGCACCACGGCGACUUGCAGGAGGUGCGGCACCAUGCUCAAAGCCUGCCCCAGGAAGCACGGCACCUCCCACCUGCAUCGGCACGCCAGGAGCGCCGCCUGCGCCCUGAGGGCUCAAGCCCAAGCCCAACGGGUACUCAUCGCGCCGGAACCUGCUGCCGACGACGCGCUAACGUGGCUUGAGGAUCAUGUGGUCGAUGGCGAUGUCGACGUCGACGGCCACCUGAACAUAAGAUCAGGCGCCCAAGAGAUGCAGGAGGCCGGAUGCACGAAGCCCUGCUCUCCUCCCAACUAUGUGCCUCUGCCCCAGGUAUCGAAUUCAUCGUCCAAAAGGUUCUUAAAGAAGAAAAGAAACAGGCACAGCUACGACAGAGGUUCCGCGCGGGAGGUUCAUGAAGGACGACGACCGGCCUCCUCCGCACCUGAACCGCAGCUGUGCCGCCGUCAGGAGGAAAAGGCGGCAAGCGACAAGUACGACGACGACGAGGAGAAUUUCAAGGACCUGCCGAGCAUCCUCAGCUCCGGUUGGGAGAUCGAUUCUGUCAGUGACAGCGGGGCCAGCAAUACACCACAGGAGCAAGCUGGACCUGCACCAUGUCCUCCCUCUCCACAACCGCCGGCUGCUGCUGCUGCCACUAGUAUUAGCUUACCCAUAGGCAAUUAAUUAAUUACACACAUCUUCAUCUUCAUUAUUACUAGUUGCAUAUACUAGUUUCAGCUUACUGGAGUCUGGAGUGUUCUUCCUAGCUAGAACUGCACGUACUUGGUAUCAUUCUAAACAAAGAAAAUAGAAAUGCACCGGCCGGUUGUGAUUUGUACUGAACUACUACUGGUAGUAGUACGGAUGAUCAGAAAAAAAAAGAAAUUAAAGAUGGUACUAGUACUGAGUACUGCAGUAGUACUGUAUGUAACUAUCGGAGAAUACAAUGCAAGCUUUUAGAGUGUUCUCAAUA